AUGAGGAAUCUCCUGCUCGCCCUGCUGCUGGCUUAUGGGCUGCCUCCGGCGCGUGGCAGCUUGCUGGAGCUGGAGCGCAUGAUCAGAGUGACCACAGGGAAGAGUGCCCUGCUCUCCUAUAGCUGGUAUGGGUGCUUCUGCGGCAUCGGGGGCAGAGGGACCCCAGUGGACCCCACUGACACCUGCUGCCAUGCCCACGACUGCUGCUACAGGCAGCUGCGAGAGAGCAGCUGCAGCCCCCUGAUAACCCCGUACCAAUUCGAUGUCACCGAUGGGGACAUCACCUGCGGUGAUGAGCAAAGCUGGUGCAAGAGAGAGACCUGCCUGUGUGACAGGGCCAUGGCUUCGUGCUUUGCCAGCGCUCUGCCUUCCUACAACGUGUCCUACCGCUUCUACUUCAAGCUGAGGUGCAGAGGGAGCAAGCUGCAGUGCUGA